AGCUUGGCUAGAAUGAAAAAGAUGAACAAUGGACUUCUCUCUCUCUCUAUAAAUAUGGGACCAAUUGAUAACCUCAUAAAACUAACUUCCAUUCAAGAUCUAAUGGCUACCUCUUCAAGACAUCAUCACUUUCAAGUGAUCAUUGCUCUCUCUAUCUUGUUCAAUCUCCAUUGCUGCUGGAACUGUGUCACAUUUGCUGCCGAUACUACAACCAAUGUGUACAUUGUGUAUAUGGGUGAGAAGCAGCAUAACAACCCAGCAACCAUAGUGAUGUCUCACCAUGAAAUGCUAGCAAAGUUGCUUGGAAGCAAAGAAGCUGCCAAGAAUUCUAUUCUCUACAGCUAUAAGCAUGGCUUCUCUGGGUUUGCAGCUUCUCUAACUGAUUCCCAGGCAAAAGUCAUUGCAGACUUUCCGGGUGUAGUCCGAGUGUUCCCUAAUCGCAUUCAUAAAGUCCAUACUACACGAAGCUGGGAUUUUCUAGAGCUCAAUCAAUCAUCAAAGUCUAAACAUAACCUUUUGACUGAAGCGAAUAUGGGCGACGGUACCAUUAUUGGCAUUAUAGACUCAGGAAUUUGGCCAGAGUCACAAAGCUUCAAAGAUGAUGGCAUGGGUCCAAUUCCAUCGAGUUGGAAAGGAAUUUGCCAAACUGGACAAUCUUUCACUUCCGCCAAAUGCAAUAAGAAAAUCAUUGGUGCUCGCUGGAUCAAAAAAGGCUAUGAAAAGAUGUAUGGGCCCAUCAACACCACUGGGCAUUCAGAGUAUCUGUCCCCAAGGGACAAAGAAGGGCAUGGAACUCAUUGUGCUUCCAUAGCUGCAGGUCGUUUUGUACCAAAUGCAAGUUAUUUAGGGCUAGGUACCGGUAUAGCCAGAGGGGGUGCCCCUCUUGCUCGCCUAGCUAUUUACAAGGUUGUUUGGCUUGGAGAAUCAACAGAUGCAGAUGAACUAAAAGCAUUUGACAUGGCCAUACAUGAUGGAGUAGACAUUUUGUCUGUAUCUUUAGCCCGUAACGUAGACCAUGCAGGACUGCCUCUACAGGCAUAUUUUGAUGAUGGAAUUGCAGUAGGUUCAUUUCAUGCAGUAGCAAAAGGGAUUACUGUGGUUUGUGCAGCAGGAAAUGAUGGCCCUUUCUCUGAUACGGUUGGGAACACGGCUCCUUGGAUCAUCACUGUUGCAGCCACCACCAUUGAUAGGGAUUUCCAAACAGAAGUUACCCUUGGAAAUGACCAAACUUCCUUGGGCCACACCUUAUCAGUUGGAGGUUUGGGUGAGACUAGACAAAAACACAAACCACCCAGUCCACCUCCACCUCCCAAAUUGAAAACACCACUUAGUCCACCUUCCGAAUUGAAAACAAGUACUCCAGCUGCAAUAGUUGCUGGGCAAGGAGAUGAUGCAUCGUAUAAGAUCUAUACUCCAGCUGCAAUAGUUGCUGGGCAAGGAGAUGAUGCAUUAGCUUGCAAGGAAGGAAGUCUCAAUCCGACAUUAGUGAAAGGGAAGGUUGUCCAUUGUUUCCUACAACCAUCUGCGAGCCAACAAGAAGUUACUAAUGCAACUAAAACUGUUCAGAAAGCUGGAGGAAUCGGCAUUAUAUACACCCAAGAUCACAAUGAUGUCCUCAAUCGAUGCAACAUUACUUGUAUCAAAGUAAAUUUUGAAACAGGGACAAACAUAAUUUCCUACAUCCGAGGAACAAGUUCAGCAACUGUGCAGAACAGUAAGCCACAAACUGUAGUUGGGAAAAAGACAUCUCCACUAGUGGCCUCAUUCUCAUCCAGAGGACCAAAUACUUUGUUACCUGAUGUGUUGAAGCCUGAUAUAGCCGCGCCAGGAGUGACCAUCUUAGCAGCAUACCCUCCGCCAAUUACAGGUCACCCUUUUGAAUUCCUAUCUGGAACUUCAAUGGCUUGCCCCCAUGUAGCUGGAGUGGCUGCCCUCAUCAAGACUUUGCACAAAAAUUGGUCUCCUGCGGCCAUAAAAUCAGCAAUUAUGACUACUGCAUCACAAAAUGGCACAGAUGGACAAGUAAUAUGGGCACAAGGAGGCAAUCUCAAGCCCGCAACUCCUUUCGACAUGGGUGGUGGGCAUAUCGAUCCCAAGAAAGUAGCACAUCCAGGGCUCAUUUAUGAUAUUAGCAUUAAGAGUUACAUUGACUUUUUCUGUUCUAAAGGCUACACUAAUGAACAGAUGACCAAUAUGACUAAAAGAAAUGAUUCUUGUUCUAGAAAAAGGAGGGCUUCUAGCUGGGACCUCAAUCUCCCCUCUAUCUCAAUCCCAUACCUUGAAAAUAUUGUAACAGUCACCAGGACUGUGACAAAUGUGGGGACAAUUAAUUCAGUCUACAAAGCUUUGGUGCAGUCUCCUCCUGGUAUACAAGUGAAAGUUAAACCUCGUAGACUCUCCUUCAAUCAAUCAACCUCAGUGCUUUCCUUCAAAGUGACCUUUAAUUCUACUCAAAAUGUGCAGCUUAUGGAUUACGUUUUUGGAAGCUUGACUUGGACUGACAAAAAACAUGUGGUCAGGAUUCCACUAGCUGUUCGUGUUGCUCAUCAGUAUACAAGUUCUCGAAAAUAAUAGACUUUUUAUUUUAUUUUAUUUUUUCUAUUUUUCGUAGCUGGGGUUUGCCUUUGUGUACUUUCGUGUUCUUGUAGUGAGAUUUGAUCUUGAGUCAUGUUAUUGUUGGGGGUUAUGGGGCCUCUUGGGAACCUUCUUGCUCUUGUAAAGAGGUUGGUUGAGUAGCCAAUUUGGUUGUAUGUGUUCUUUUCCUUUCUUUGUUUUGUAAUGGAUCUCAUCUAUCAAAAAAAUAAGAAAAGUCUCACAAGUGUUGAAUA